ACACCAACUCGUAUUGUUCUCAGCACCUCUCUUGUGCCUGGCAUGAUCAAGACUUACAUUGUUCUAGACAAUUUUGUGCCAUUCAAACUGUGCCUUGUGCAAAUGUACACUUACUAUACUUUUUUAUCCCUCGAACCAUUUUCCUUAUGUAUUCUCUCUUAUGACAGGUUCGUUGCAAUCUGUUUCCCUUUAAGACAGGACUCUAUUAACACAAACACCAGAAUGACUUAUAUAAUCAGUGCAGUUUGGUUGUUUUGUUUUGUUAUAGCUCUCUAUGCUGUUACAUCCAUCCCAACCCUGUCCUUUUGUGGCUCUCUUGAGGUCCACAGCUAUUUUUGUGAUUAUGCUCCUGUUUUAGUACUUGCUUGUGGUGACACAACAACCCAGUGGAAUUUUGUCACUGCAUUAACUAUACUCUUUAUUACUGUACCUUUGAUUUUCAUUUUUUUGACCUACAUGGGUAUACUGACUGCUGUAUUCAGAAUGAAAAGUAAUCAGAGCCGUUUUAAGGCGCUGGCCACGUGCACAGAGCACCUCAUAUUAGUGGCCCUUUUCUUCAUUCCUAUUGUAAUCAUCUUCUGUUUUACAUUUUUUGGAAUUAUUUGGAACCCAAGAGUAGGUCUGGUGAGCUUGUCUUUGUCGUCCCUCAUCACACCCUGUGUGAAUCCCAUCCUCUACUCACUGAAAACUAAAGAGAUUCGAAGCAGGAUUCAUUCAUUGUUAACCCAGAGACUGUCUGUUCAUCCUCUAAAAACUUCAAACAAUUCAUGUACAACAUAA